GAAUCUCAGAACGAAGCCGUUUUAACCUUUAAAGACACUACACGACGUCGUAUUAUUGAUCCGACAAAUUCUCACCGAACAGAGUUGGAAGCGAAACAAAUACUUGUAAAUGGAGUUUCCUUGUGAAUCCAAACUUUCUCCAAUUCAUUAGAAAAGAAACCUCUUCAAUUAUUCCCUUUAAAUACCCAGAAAUUGUACACAAACCCUCUUCAAUUAUACGAUUUUCUUCUUUUUUUGGUAUUGAUCAAAGUUUCAGUCUUGUCAUGGCCAAAAGUUCUUUCAAGCUUGAACACCCUUUGGAGAGGAGGCAGUCAGAAUCUUCUCGCAUUCGAGAGAAGUAUCCUGAUCGAAUUCCGGUGAUUGUUGAGAAGGCAGAGAAGAGUGAUGUCCCUGACAUCGAUAAGAAGAAAUACCUUGUCCCAGCUGAUUUGACUGUUGGCCAGUUUGUUUAUGUGGUACGAAAGAGGAUCAAGCUCGGUGCUUCAAAGGCCAUCUUUGUCUUUGUCAAGAACACUUUGCCUCCGACAGCUUCUCUGAUGUCUGCAAUUUAUGAGGAAAAUAAGGAUGAAGAUGGAUUUCUCUACAUGACAUACAGUGGAGAAAACACAUUUGGGUUCGUUGAGCUUGGAAAUUAAUAUCUCAAAUGUAAAUCUGACAUUUCCUUGAUCUCGUCAUGGACAGCUAACUGUAGUUGUUGGUUUGCAUUCCACAUAUAAAAUCAAAUUUAUAUUCCUCUUUGGAAUAACCUAAUAACUUACAGAUGUUCAACUCUUGAUCUCUUAUCUUAUAGUGCCUUUCAUCUAA